AGCCUAGAUUUGAUAAGUAUAAAGUAUACGUAAUUGUAAUAAUAAUAAAAUAUAAAUCGGAAACUUUGUGAAAAUGUUUUGUAGGCUUUGCCACAACAUCAUAACUGAUGGGAAUUUCAAAGUAAUAGAAGAAACUAUUAGAGAAGUUCUAGAGGUUCUUCUAUUGAAACUGGAUUUUGAAGAUAAUAAGCCUGUAAUGUGCAAUGCAUGUUCCUCAAAACUUUUUGCAGCGUUCCAUUUCAAGUCGAGGUGUAUGGACACAGAGGAUAGUAUUUUUCCUUAUGUUAAUUCCGAAAUUGUUGCGCCAAUCGAUUUAAAAGAGAUUUAUCUUAAAGAGAGACAUAAAGAACAUUUAAGAGGAAUAUUAGAAGAUGAGAGAAUUUGUCGGUUAUGUAUGCAGAUAACCAGUUGUAAUUUCACAUCAGUAAAAGACGUGGGUACUGACAUGAUUCAUAAAUAUAUUCCGGAAGUGAAUUUUAACUCGACCAAAGAACCAGUUAUAUGUGCAGUUUGUCUUGAUUUGCUGAGAAUCCACAGUAGUUUCUUAAGGGAUUGUUCAGAUACAGAGAAGGGCACUUAUGACGACAGGCCGGUAGAAAAUUCAUUUCAUAUUAUCACUGAAAAAAUUGAAGUAAAAUCUGAAGAUGAAGAUAAUAAUACUCUCUAUGACGAAGAACUCGUUGACCAAGCAGCCAAGGAGGGUCCAAAAUCGCAACACUCAAAAUUAUUUGUAUGCGAUAUAUGCGGGUUUCAAACCAAAUACAAAUGCAAUGUAAAAGUUCACCAGUUGAAACACCAAGAUCUUUCUGAGGUGUCAUCAUAUAAGUGUGAUUUGUGCGAUUUCGAAACAAAGUACAAAAAGAGCAUAAUAAGUCAUCAAUUAAAACACAAGGACUGUUCCCAGAUUCAAAUGUACAAGUGUGAUGUGUGUGAUUUUAAAACUAAGCACCAGGCAAGCCACCUACGCCAUCAGACGUUACAUAAGGAUAUUUCAGAGAUUCAAAUGUACACGUGUGAUAAGUGUGAUUAUAAAUCCAGUCAAAAGGGCCACCUCAGACGUCAUAAGUGCUAUAUGCGAAAGUACAUGUGUGAUCACUGUGAUUAUGAAACCAAGGUCAAGAGGGAAUUUAUAUUUCAUCUACAUAGAAGACACAAUAUCAUUUCCGAAAAGUACAAAUGUGAUAAAUGUGAUUACGAGACCGUGUAUAAGGGUGCCUUGAAAAUACAUCAGUUCCAACAUGAAAAACUUUCUGAGGCGGAUUUGUACAGGGAUACUCCUCCAUGUGAUGGUGAAAAUGUCAAUUGCAAAGCCAAGGAAGAUCUAAAAUCUCAUCAGUCGAAGCAAGAGAAUUUUUCAGACACACGAAUAUACAAGUGUUAUAAGUGUACUUAUAAAACCAGGAUCAGAAGCCAUUUUACAUACCAUCAACUGAGUCACAAAAAGCUCUCCGAAGUAUUGGCUUACAAAUGCGAUAUUUGUGGUUUUCAAACCAAGUACAAAGGAAAUCUACCGUCUCACAAAUUGAAACACAAAGAUCUUUCUGCGGUGCAAUCGUACAAAUGUGAUUUGUGCGAUUUUGAAACCAAGUACAAAAAGAGCAUGACGAGUCAUCAAUUAAAACACAAAAACUGUUCUCAGACUCAAAUGUACAAGUGUGAUGUGUGCGAGUUUAAAACUAAGCACAAGGCAAGCCUGGUGCGCCAUCAGAUGUUGCACAGGGACAAUUCAGAAGUUCAAAUAUACAAGUGUGAUCAGUGUGAUUAUAAAUCGAACCAGAAGGGCUACCUCACGAUGCACAAGUUGAGACACAAAGAUGUUGCCAAUGCGCAAACAUAUACGUGUGAUCAGUGUGACUAUGAAACCAAAUUCAAAAAGAACCUCACAGCUCAUCUACAAAAGCACAAAGACAUUUCGGAGGAACAAAGGUACAGAUGCGAUAAAUGUGAUUACGAAACAAAAUAUAGGAGCGCCUUAAAAUCCCAUCUGUUAAAACACAAAGACCUUUCCGAGACGGAUUUGUACAAGUGCGAUAAAUGUGAUUAUGAAACUAAGUACAGGAGAGCCUUAAUAAAGCAUCAUUUGAAACACAGAGACCGUUCCGAGACGCAAAUGUACACAUGCGAUUUGUGUGAUUACGAAACCAAAUAUAAGAGCAGCAUAAAAUCGCAUCGACUGAUACACGAAGACCUCUCUGCCGUGCAAACAUACAAGUGUGAUACGUGCGAUUUUGAAACAAGGUAUAAAAAGUCCCUAAAAAAUCAUGAACUAAAACACAAAGAUAUGAAUAUAUAAUCGAUAUAUUUCAAAUGACUUACUGAAUUCAAGAUAAACCUUUACGACUUCAAAUAUUGCACAAGGAUUUUCCUGAGAUUUGAAUCUACAUUUGUUAUUAUGAAAGUGAAAUGACUGAUGUUGACAGAUUAAGGUACGAGACGAAAUAAUCAGACAAGGACAGAGAAAUUAACUCGAUCCAAACCUAUCUCCUCGCAAGUACAAUUUUCUGGUUCGGCAAACUCGACCAAACCAUGUUAAUUUACUUUCUUGCGAAAAUGUCAAACUACAGCUAGUUGUAGUUAACUAAGUUAGUGGCUUCUGGCCAAAAACUUUAAUUGAAAUAUUCUUGAAGAUGGAUUAGUGAGUUAUGUUUUGUUUAUUUUUAAUUUUGAAACCUACCAUAAUGUAUCAUCAACAAAAAUAUGAAUA